AUGAAAGAGCUGUGUGACGGAGGAGCGAGGGCAGGAGGCAUGAGCUCCUCGGAGCCUUGCCGGAUGUUGGAGUCUCAUAUGCUGCUGCUGAGCAGCCUGGUGUGCCUCGCGGCCGUGUGGGGAGCAGGGGCGGUGCGACUGCACCCAAGAGACGCCACGAGUCUGUCAUUGCUGGCCAGCGAGUGGAACGAGUUCAACGGCAGUGACACGUGGAGAUGGCGCCAUGCGGACUGCAUGGCCAUGGAGGGAAUCCGUUGCGACCAUGAUGGCUACAUUGUUUCCAUAAUGCUUCGGCUGAAGAUCUUUGGAGCCUCUAUACCCAACAUGAUCAGUCGAUUCGAGAGCCUUGAAGCCCUAGUGCUGAACUAUUGCGAAGUCACAGGCAGCAUUCCAGAUGCCCUCUUUAGCCUGCAGCGAUUGAAUGCACUUGAUCUUUCGGGCAAUUCAAUCACAGGGACGCUGCCAGGUGCCUUCAGCCGCUUGACCAACUUAGUAUACCUAGACCUUACUGGCAACCUGCUCUUUGGACCCAUCACCCCGCUUUCCAACUUACUGCAACUCAAAGCAUUGUUUCUCCCUGACAAUUCCUUCAGUGGUUCGCUCGCCAAUGAGCUCGGAACUCUCACCAGCCUCGAAAUUCUGUACCUUCCCUACAACCAAUUCUCCGGAAGCCUCCCUUGUGCACUGGGCAACCUGUCCUUGCUACAGGAUCUUAGCGUGCACCACAAUCAACUCACUGGUACCAUACCCGAGUCUUUCAGUGGCCUUCACAACCUCGGUAUUCUCCGUUUGGGAAGCAAUCAGCUGACAGGGACCAUUCCUGAGUCACUUGCGUUCCUCUCUGCACUCAUCUUCCUUGGGCUUGAGUACAACCUUCUGGAUGGCUCAAUUCCCAAUUCAAUCUCGUCCCUGCAGCAGCUGUUGCGCCUAUCGCUCUCAAUGAACCGGCUGUCAGGAGGCAUACCUGUUGUGCUGGGCGAUAUGACUGCUCUGCAGUACCUGUUCUUAACAGGCAACCCAUUGUCCGGAACAAUCCCUACCUCCAUUGGGAAACUCACCAACCUGCUUAGCUUGAUCCUCUCGGGCAAUCGGCUGACUGGAACCAUCCCCAGCACAUUUACCAAUCUCUCCAAGCUUCAGGACUUCUUAGUUGCAUUCAACGAUCUCGAUGGUCCCAUUGACCCCAUCCUACGACCCAUGACGGACCUCAGUAUUCUUUUCCUCACAGGCAACCGGUUCUCUGGCCGUGUUCCCAGCAUCUCCAGUCGAAGCUUGACGAUUUACCGCGUGGGGCACAACUUCUUCACACAUGGCCACCUCAAGCUGAGCAACUGCUCUGCGGUAUUUUUGGACACGUCUGGAAACUGCCUUGCCGCACCGAGCGUCUGUGGCCAAGCUUCCACCCAAAGGCCAGCGACUGCAUGCGCUGCAUUCUGUGGGCUGGAGGUCGGUGCCACGGGCCCUCUGUGUGGGGGCCAUGGCUACUGCUCUCUGAAUCCUUUCACUGGAGAAGGGGAGUGUGUGUGCGACCCCAACUACAUGGUCAGCAGCAGCAACACCAACGCCUGUGUGCCUGGAG